AUGUUGUCGCAACCUCAAGAAGAUGUUAAUGCUCUGUUGCACAACAUGCGUGCACAGAUCCUGGCAUUGACCAUGCAACUCGCCGAGCUGCAGGCAAAUCCCCCUACGGCAAACCCCUCGGUAGAAAAGAAAUUCAACAAGAAAGUCGAAGUUGUUGCUGACCCUGGCACCUUCGGGGGAGACAGAGCGCAAUUUGCUGAAUGGUGGAUCAAGCUCCAAAUUUGGGUUAAGGCAAACUGGGAUGCGUUUGCUGACAACUUUGAGGAGUGCUACACCGCGGGUGUGUGGCCCACCUGGGAUGAUCUCAAGAUUGAGAUCAAAAAAUAUUUCAAACCACAGGCUGAGUGUAACUGGGCUUGCCAACAAAUCUGA